CCCUUAUAACCUUUCUCUCUUCCCAACAGCAUUUCCCAGUAACAUCCUUAAACCCUAGCAAAAAUAUUCCCCCGAAAACUUACACUUACAAUGACACUUCUCACUCGAUCACGACCGUUGAUCAGAACUUUAACAAACUACAGAUCAAUCACCACCGUUCCUUUCCUCUCACAAGAACCUCAACUCGCCGGAAUUCCGCCGGAAGUCAACACUACCCCAUUACCCCCAAACCCAUCCUCCGGCAGCCCACUUUACAAUGAAAACUGGCGGUCCCCGUUUGCAUCCACCGCACCCUCCUCCUCCUCAGUCGUCCCACUAUCAUUCCUCCGCCAAUCACCAGCUGCACGCGUUCAGGCAAUUUCACAAACACAUGAUGUGCAAGGUUUAAUGAACCUUUUUGCUGAUUGGAUGACAACACAGCGGUGGGAGGAUAUGAAGCAGCUUUUUGAGCUUUGGAUUAGAUCUUUGGAUCGAAAUGGGAAGCCCAAUAAGCCUGAUGCUAAUCUAUUUAAUCAUUAUUUGAGGGCUAAUUUGAUGAUGGGUGCUACUGCUGAUGAUUUGUUGGGAUUAGCUAGUCAAAUGGAGGAAUAUGGGCUUGUUGCUAAUACAGCGUCUCAUAAUUUGAUCUUGAAAGCUAUGUAUCAAUCUGGGGAACCAUUGUCUUGGGUUGAUAAAGCUGUCAAAUUGCUCGAAAGGAUGAUUCAGACUGGAAAAGAGUAUAAAGAAGCUUUGCCUGAUGAUGAGUCAUAUGACUUGGUUAUUGGCUUACUGUUUAAAGCAGACCUUAUUGAUGAUGCCUUGAAAUAUGUUGAUUCAGCCUUGAAAUCUGGGUAUAAGCUGUCCAUGAAUGUAUUUAAUGAGUGUGUGCGAAGCUGUGUCUUCAACAACAGGCUGGAUAUAUUGGUGUCGAUAAUAGAGAAAUGCAAGAAAACAGACCAGAACAAAGGCCUAUUGCCGCCUUGGAACAUGUGCACACACCUUGCUGAUGUUGCACUACAGGCAGAUAAUAGUGAACUAGCUUUUUCUUCCUUGGAGUUCUUUGUGAAAUGGGUUGUUAGAGGUGAGAGUGUGAGGCCCCCUGUUUCGCUCUCUGUUGAUGAAGGACUGCUUGUGGCUGCACUUGGAACUGCUGGUAGAACCUACAAUGCUAAACUCCUUAAUGGUGCUUGGGAAGUCCUUAAGCGCUCACUACGACAAAUGAGGGCCCCUAACCCUGAAUCUUUCCUUGCGAAGAUAUAUGCCCAUGCUUCUUUGGGGCAAUUGCAGAAUGGUUUUGCUACUCUGCAUGAGUUUGAAAAAGCUUAUGGUAGUUCUAAAGAAGAGAGUGCAGAACUAUUUUCUCCGUUUACCACCUUGAAUCCACUGUCUGUUGCUUGUUGCAGGAAUGGUUUUGUCACUUUGGACUCUGUUUACUAUCAGCUGGAGAAUUUGAGCCAAGCAGACCCCCCUUACAAGUCUGUUGCUGCCCUCAAUUGUGUAAUUCUAGGCUGUGCCAAUAUAUGGGAUAUUGAUCGUGCUUAUCAGACAUUUGCUGCAAUUGAAUCCUCUUUUGGAUUAGUCCCAGAUAUCCAUUCAUACAAUGCUCUGAUAUAUGCAUUUGCGAAACUUGGCAAGAGAGAUGAAGCAACAAAGGUCUAUGAGCACUUCAUGGAUUUAGGCGUGAAGCCAAAUGAAAUGACAUAUUCUCUACUUGUUGAUGCUCAUCUUAUUAAGCGUGAACCAAAAGCUGCAAUUUCAGUAGUUGAUGAGAUGGUGCAUGCACAGUAUAAACCUUCCAAGGAGAUGCUGAAAAAGAUCCGAAGGCGAUGUACUCGAGAGAUGGAUUAUGAGUCUGAUGAUCGAGUCGAGGACUUGGCCAAAAAGUUUAACAUCCGACUGGGCACAGAGAAUCGACGGAACAUGCUCUUUGAUCUUCAAUACAGCACGGAAUACGCUGGUUAGAUGGUGCUGAGGUGAAUCAGAGAUUGCAUGCAUAGUCGACACUGUUUCUCGGCCCUUUGCUGAAGAAACUUGCUGGGAUUUGAAUGUUGGACUCUUUUUCCUCUUCUUCUAGCUUGCCUCUGGUAGUGGAACACCUGAGUGCUGAUGUUGGUGUUUCACAAAGUUUAGUAGUGUUGCAUCUCAUACGCGUUGGGCGAUCCUUUAAGCAGUGGCUGUAAAUUAUUUAGCUCUGGUUAGGAUUAAGCUGUGGAGGAUGGUGUCUGCUUAGAAGGUUCUUGUUUUAACAUAUUUAUGCAUUCUUUUUCCACCCCUUAGGAAGCGUAAAGACCGGCAAUUUUGCUAAUGCAAUGAGAUAUCCAGCUCAUUGUGAAUAAACUGUAGGCACUCUUCAUGCUGAAGCAGUUUGCAUCAAAUACAUUUUCUGCUAUAUUCUAUCUGAUUUUGAUUACCA